CAAGGAUCAACUUGCCAGCAUAUCUGUUGGAACCUCCUUCUACAGAAGUCCAGUUGAAACAACUAGCCUCGUGGAACUGAGAAACUACUGAAUUCUUGGACUUCUCAUGCACAGCUGAUGUUUGCUGGGUUAUUUGGACCACAGACCGUUCAUGAACUGUCCUAGCAAAUGAAUCUACCCUAAAGAGGGGAGGAAGGUGAUCCUUCCCAGUGGCUGCACCUCUAUAAGAGGGUUUAAAAGUUCCACAGUCUUUAUAUAUUAAAAGUUCAACUGGGGUUCAGCAUUGGAGCUGCAAGUUGCUCCAUCCAUAAGUUCGAGGACAUUGGAGCUCCAGCCACAAUGAUUGAGGUGGUUUGCAAUGACCGUCUAGGAAAGAAAGUCCGAGUGAAGUGCAACACCGAUGAUACCAUUGGUGACUUGAAGAAACUGAUAGCGGCUCAAACUGGCACCCGCUGGAAUAAGAUCAUUCUUAAAAAGUGGUACACAAUUUAUAAGGACCACGUGUCUCUGGGAGACUAUGAAAUCCAUGAUGGGAUGAACCUGGAGCUUUAUUACCAGUAGAGCGGAAUUCUUCCUCCUCCUUGCCCCACUCUACCCUGCCUUCCUAUCCCACCCUCAUUUGACACUUCUAUAGAUGGUCAUUUUUCAUAGUUUACAUGAAUAAAACCUUUGACGCUGUCAAAAAAAAA